AUGGAGAACGGUUCAACCUCUGAGGGAAAGGAUCCGUCAGCCUUCCUCAGUGAGAUUAUCGGUGCUCCGGUGAUCGUGAAACUCAACUCUGGUGUGGUUUACAAAGGAGAGCUUCAGUCCGUGGAUGGAUACAUGAAUAUCGCACUUGAAAAGACCGAGGAGUUCGUAAACGGAAAACUGCGGCGCAACUACGGUGAUGCUUUCGUACGAGGAAACAAUGGUGCGUGGUUGUCUUCUACAACACUUUCUUCUCGCCCGUCUCACCGGAACAAACAGUGCUUUACAUAUCCGCGAGUUAAAUGA